GUUUCACGGGCAGAGUGGAAGUGAAACUUCGUGUGAAAUCCCGGGAGUGAACAGAUGUGUUAAUACUCAGUUCAUCUUUUGUUGUUUUCAGCUUCAUAGAUUCAAUUUCAAUUCAGUUUAUUUUGUAGAGCUCACAACAUUCAUGGGGGGGGGGGGGGGAGAAACACCUUCACCAGAGCAGCUGAGGAGGGCUAGAUGGCAUGUGUACAGAGGUACAACACAUUCAAUGAAUAUGAAAGACAUUCUGAAUAAUCUAGGCACGGCCCACAUCCAGAUAACCACAAUCUAUGUAAACCGAUGAAGGUAGAGAGGAGGGGCACCAGCAAGUACCACGGCAGGAGGCCGGGCCAAAGAGGCGGGAGGCACGGCGAGGGAGGCAGCCACUCCUGUGAGACGCUUAAGGUUUCGGCUGCAAGUGUUACACCUGGAAGAAAAGUUUCAAAAAGGAGAAGAGGAGCGUGGUUUCUAUGGGACACUGUCUCCCUGCAGACACGGGGAAACGAGUCAGUCAAAGCUGAAGAAAACUGCAGCAGCAGCGUUCCCCCAAUGACCCGCUGCACCUGAUGCAGCUCUGGUUAAAAACUCCGCCAGGCUGCACACCAUGUAUAUCUCCAUCCCCGCCAUCCUGCUCGGUCUGGGAGGGAAAUGUCUGCUCAACUGGGCUCUGGUUAUCCUCCAGAGGGACGACAUCUGCAAAAGCCUCCUGGGAGUUUUCACUGACCAGGUAUCACGUGUGUUUGCUGGUUCAAAUCCUCGGAGAGGUCUACAAUGCUCUGCAGUGGCCUGUCGCAGUCGCGGCCGGUUGUGACCAUUUCUUCACCGUCGCUCGGAGGCCGCACGCCGUCACCGGCAGGACCAGAUUCAUCGUCCGCUUACUUGCGACCGGCCUCCUGUGGUACGUCACGGUGCUCUACGUCUUCCUGCUGUCGGACUUCCGUCCCGUCAUGGAGGAUGUGUCUUACGGCGAGAUAUACCAGUGCUGGACCGUCCACACAACUCAGAUCCUGCAGGUUGCCGUGUUUCUUCUCCUGUCUCUGGGCUGUGCAGUGUUGCAUGCUGGGUUCAGCACGCGGUUCUUCACAAAUCCUCCUUCGAGAGACCAGAUGACAGAGCAAAGUCGAGCUCACUCCAGAAGAGACGCUGUUCAUCAGGCCGUAUUUAUAUUUCUGAACACAUGGGCCCCGUUCCUGUGUUUUCUGGCCGUGCUCCUCCUGGCACCUGUGGGAAUACCUGCAUACCUGGGUCUGAACACGGCCUGGCUCGCCUUCCUCAACAGCUUUCUGAUCGCAGUCGUUUUAUGUGCAGUCGGUCCCGCCUCGCAGAUAACGCAGGGCCCGGCAGCAGUUCCUCCCGACAGCUUCUGCGAGUGGAGAUUUCCAUUUAUUUUGGCUGGAGAGGACCGAACAUGACGGACACAAACAGAACUCGUGGUUAGAAUUAGCUGCUUGGACCUCAAUGUUUCAUACCGAGGAAAUAAUGUGAACACCAAGCACCAUGGGCGACCGGGCCUUUUGCUCGGCAGCGCCACGCUUGUGGAACGGUCUCCCUGACCACCUGAGGGCAACUCAGACACUGAACUCUUUUAAGACUGGCCUGAAAACCUUUUUAUUCAGGAAGGCAUUUUUUACCUUGAGUUAAUUUAUUGUCAGCUAUUUCAUUCUUAUUUUUAUUUUUUUUUUAUGGGUUGCUUUAACUAUGUUUUAAUCGGUUUUAUUUGUUUUCACUCUAUGUGUGGCACUCUGAGAUUCUUUGAAGGAAGAGUGCGAUAAAAAUUAAAUGAAUUAUUAUUAUUAUUAAUUUCUGAAGAAAAGUUGGAUUGCCCUGGUCGCAGCACGGUUUUACAAAUGUCCCUGUGUGUGCAUCACUUGGGCUCAGAAUGAAAGGCCUCAACGACGAUAAGAUAAGGGUGACUAUGGGUCAGGGGGUUGGAGGUUCAAUCCCCACCCUAGUCGAUGUGUCCUUGAGCAAGACACUCAACCCUGAAUUGCUCCCUGUCGCCGCGUCUACGGUGUAUGAAUGUAACAGGAUUGUAAGUCGCUUUGGAUAAAAGCGUCAGCGAAAUGACAUGAAAUGGUUAACCCUUCAAUAGUCCCGCAGUGGCGAAAUUCACAUGAUUACAGUGGCGAAGGGUUAAAGUGCACACAAGACAGAGUCAUAGUUAGUGAUUUAAACUUUUGGAUGGAUUGUCACGUUCGAUGUGUUCAUGGUCUUAUGAGAAUUAAUCCUCUUGACUUUGGGGAUUCCCGGACUUUUUAUCUACCGUCACAAGGUUGACUUUUGUGGUUUUGAGUGAAAUGUAUGAACAACGAUUAAACGGAUGAUUUGAAUAAUG